ACUAUCCCAGGAUUCCCAACUCCGGUUUCCUGCCCUUCUCCCCUCCCAGGUCCCGGCGCCUGCCGGAGCCGCAAGAUGGCGGACGGGGAAUGCUUCGCGGAAUCCGCGCGGGCUGUGGGGUGUCCCCAUGCACCUGCUCCCGGCUUGGGCCUGGGCCCGCCGCUGGGCUGGAAAGAGCGGCUGAAGGCCGGGCUGGCGAACUCGGGCUCCACGCUGUGGUUCCUGGCGGGGCUGGGGCUGCUUUACGCUCUGAGGGUCCCGCUGAGGCUGUGUGACAACGUGACAGCGGGUGAGAGGCCCCAAACCUCCUGGACGGUCGGGGACAAGCACCAAAGAGCUGAGAUUCUCGGGGAAUCAUGGAGGGCUUUGGAGAAGGAAUCGGUGUUGCAUGCUCCAGUGGUGACAGGGUUUUUAAGUUCCUUGACACCCAAGUUCUAUGUGGCACUUACAGGGACAUCUUCUUUGAUAUCUGGACUAAUAUUUAUAUUUGAAUGGUGGUACUUCCAUAAGCAUGGCACAUCUUUUAUUGAGCAAGUGUCUAUAAGCCACUUACGACCACUGAUAGGAGGAACAGAGAGUAGCAUUUCAGAGCCAGGUUCUCCUGCCAGCAACAGAGAAAGUGAAACCACAAGACACCACCAUCUAUCAGAAUGCAAGGUCUGGAGAAACCCUUUAAACCUCUUUAGAGGAGCAGAAUAUAGGAGAUACACUUGGGUGACUGGUAAAGAGCCACUUACUUACUAUGACAUGAACUUGUCUGCCCAGGAUCACCAGACCUUUUUCACCUGUGAAACAGACUUUUUACGUCCUUCAGACACAGUUAUGCAGAAGGCAUGGAGGGAAAGAAAUCCUCCAGCUCGAAUCAAAGCAGCCUAUCAAGCUUUAGAGUUAAACAAUGACUGUGCCACUGCCUACGUUCUGUUGGCCGAAGAGGAAGCAACAACCAUCGUAGAUGCUGAAAAGUUAUUUAAACAGGCACUCAGGGCGGGGGAGAUAAUUUAUAGACGGUCACAGCAGUGCCAGCACCAGAGUCCUCAGCAUGAAGCUCAACUGAGACGAGAUACCAAUGUACUUGUAUAUAUAAAAAGAAGAUUGGCAAUGUGUGCAAGAAAAUUGGGAAGAAUAAGAGAAGCAGUGAAAAUAAUGAGAGAUUUGAUGAAAGAAUUUCCUCCUCUUACCAUGUUGAACAUCCAUGAAAACCUCUUAGAAUCACUUCUAGAAUUGCAGGCCUAUGCAGAUGUUCAGGCAGUCCUGGCAAAAUAUGAUGAUAUAAGCCUUCCAAAGUCGGCAGCCAUCUGCUACACAGCAGCACUGUUGAAAACAAGGACUGUUUCAGAUAAAUUCUCUCCAGAAACAGCAUCCAGAAGAGGGUUAAGCACAGCAGAAAUUAAUGCUGUGGAAGCAAUUCAUAGAGCUGUGGAGUUUAAUCCACAUGUUCCCAAAUACUUACUAGAGAUGAAAAGUUUAAUUUUACCUCCGGAACACAUCCUGAAGCGAGGAGAUAGUGAGGCAAUUGCCUAUGCUUUCUUUCAUCUGCAGCACUGGAAACGGAUAGAAGGUGCUCUGAACCUCUUGCAGUGUACGUGGGAAGGCACUUUUAGAAUGAUUCCAUACCCAUUAGAGAAGGGACAUCUCUUUUACCCUUAUCCCAGCUGCACAGAGACCGCUGAUAGAGAGCUAUUGCCUACUUUUCAUCAUGUUUCUGUUUAUCCAAAAAAGGAGCUUCCUUUCUUCAUCCACUUUACAGCAGGACUCUGUUCUUCUACAGCAAUGAUAGCGUUUCUCACGCACCAGUUCCCUGAAGUCAUGGGUGUCUUUGCUAAAGCCGUGAGUAUGAUCUCAAGGACUUGUGUGGAGUAUUUAUAACACAGCACAGAAAGCCUCUCUGGUUUGUCUGUGCUGACCUACACGAACCAUGAAAGAUGCUCGGAAACGGCGAGAACUGCGCUGUAAUGCUCCCACCAUAAACGUCAACCGUGAAUUCUGGCCGUGUGAACUACUUCUGUUACUUAAAAGUUUAAGAAUACAAUGCUAUAACAUUACAAAGUUGGCCUUUGUAAUUACUUUUGGUGGUUAAGACAGCAUUCCUUACCAACUAAAGAGUAAUCCAAUUUUUCUUUA